UUUUCAUUCUAUUUAUUUUAUCAUCUGUGUUGCGGGCGUAUCGAAUGGAAACUGAUUCUUGACUUGAAAUAAAAUUUGUAAUAAAAUAAUUAUUUUGUCAUAUUAAGUGUGUUCACAGAAACUGUUUUGUAUAUGCAGCGAAAUAAUGUAUUAAAAUCGAACAAUUGCCUUUAGUUGCAUCCGUUUUGUAUUAGUUUCAAGUACGGUCAAUUAUUAUCUUUUUUUUCUAUUGUAAACACGUUUGAGAUAUUUCCUAAAAAUUUAUAUCGCUCUGUUCCUGAAUAAACUAUGAGUCACUGGUUUGGUUCUAACGCAUACAAGUGAAGUGUUUCGGAAACAAAUUAUUUGUGUUUUGAAAGAUGGCCGAUUUAAUUCGGGCUAUGGGAGCUCCGAUCGGACCCCCAGUAAAGGAUAAGCUGGGGUCUCCUUCGACGGAGUCCGAGGAUGGCGGGGGUGAUAUCGCAGAGUUAGCGGCAGAUUUGGAGCUGGAUGAAGCUGAUGGGCCCAGCACUAAUGGUGAGAGACAAGCUGUGCUAGCUCCACCGGAGACUGAAUGGUAUCAUGGUCGGCUGGAUAGAUAUACUUCCGAAGAAAGGCUUUGGGCUGCAGGAAAACUUGGCAGUUAUCUUGUACGAGAGAGUGAUCGAAAACCAGGAUCCUAUGUCUUGAGUUACUUGGGCCGCACUGGAAUCAAUCAUUUCAGAAUAACAGCGGUAUGUGGCGACUAUUAUAUCGGCGGUCGUCAGUUCGAUUCACUGACGGAGCUGGUGGGCUUCUACAGCCACUGCUCGGAUCUCCUGAAGAGGGAAAGGCUUGUGGAACCUGUGCCACCACCUGAACCUGUCAAUGAUAAAAAGAGAGUAGUAGCCAUACUGCCUUACACGAAGAUGCCGGACACGGACGAGUUAACCUUCCAAAAAGGUGAUAUAUUCUUCCUCCACAACGAUAUGGGGGAUGGCUGGCUCUGGGUCACUGCUCAUAGAACUGGCGAACAAGGAAUGAUCUUCAGAGAGUUGGUAGAGGACCUUGAUCCUUCAAUCGAUCCUAACACUGUCUUCUCAUGGUUCCAUCCGAACUGCACCAAAAGUGAAGCAGUCGACAUGCUAGUCAAGGCUGGUCCAGGAAGCUUCCUCGUCAGACCCUCGGACAACUCACCCGGAGACUACUCCUUGUUCUUCCACAUCAACAACCAGAUUCAAAGGUUCAGGAUAGAGAAGAAAGGAGUCAGGUAUCUCAUGGGAGGCAGGACCUUCGAAUGCUUGGAUGCUGUCAUCAAUAGGUACAGGAAGGAGCAGAUUGUUGAAGGACAUACUUUAGGACAACCGCUGAUUGCAGAAGGCCAUGUGAUUGAACCGCAACAGAACACAACUGGGGCAGCGGCUGAGAAGAUUUACGCUACACUGCGGGAAUGUCGUGACCAGAUAGGCCUCAAGAAGACCAAAGGCAUCAAACACCAAGGCUACUUAAACAAGAAGUCGGAUAAGGGAGCCAAGAAAUGGAAGGCUUUGUACUUUGUCCUUCUGCAAGAGGGGACUGACACGCAUCUGUACUUCUAUGACUCUCCAAAGAGGACUAAGCCUAAAGGACUGAUUGAUCUCUCCUGUGCCUAUCUAUAUCAGUGCCACGAAUCGCUCUGGGAGCGUGAAUUUUGCUUCCAACUAGUCGAGCGAGCGUUGCCUUGCUUGUCGACCCAUACUUUCCUCGCGGCUAACUCCGCCAGCGAGGAACGCGCCUGGCUCGAUGCCUUACGACCACUCUGUGUGCCUCAGCAAGCUAGACAUCAGUGCAAGGUGGCCCGCGUGGUGUGGCUCCGAGCGCUGCGCGUCCGUUGCCUGACGGCGCACCGUCUGCCGGCGCGGCUGGCGCCCCGCCCGCACCUGCGUCUGGCACUGGGCGCCGCCCCCGUCGCAUCCACUAAACCACGCCCAUCUCCAGACCCACACUGGGAUGAUGAAUUCGUUUUUGACGAUGUGCCUCCAGAUGUAACUUCCUUCACGAUCACUGUUCAUAAUACGGGCAAGAGAGGAAAGGAAUCUGAGGUUGCGGAAUUAACCAUCGAACUAGCGAAUCUCGCGAAUGGCGAAGAAAUCGAAGAAUGGUAUCCCCUGGCGGGCAUGACUCCGAUCGGAGAAUGGGGCUCUCUAAGAUUGCGUAUAAGAUAUAUGCAAGAACUGGUAAUGCCUCGAGAGGAGUACAAUCCAUUGCGUCAACUUCUACUGGAGCCGGGUCUACCAGCUGUCAAAGCUUUGGCGGAUCUUUGCCGUACUGACAGACAACCGUUGGCUACUUCGCUGCUGCACGCGUUCACGGAGUGCGGGCGCGGCGCGGAGCUGGCGCGCGAGCUGGUGAGCGCCGAGGUGGCGCGCGAGACCGACCACCGCGCCAUGUUCCGCGCCGCCUCGCUCGCCACCGCGCUCGUCGACGAGUUCAUGCGGGCGCACUGCAAGCCGUUCCUGCAAGCGGCGAUUUCGGAAACCGUUCAGAGAUUAAUCGACGCGAAACAAUCGGCUGAAUUGAAUCCUACGAAAAUGGACUCACCCGACGAUGCGUGUAACAACGCUGAAUUCCUUCUCAUGAUACUCGAUCAGAUAACUCUGUCGAUCUUCACGUCCCCGGAGGCGUGUCCCCGGCCGGUGCGCUACCUGUGUGGCUGCCUGCAGCGCGCCGCCGUCGCCAAGUGGCCCAAUGAACGCUUUGUUAGGACCAGGGUCGUCUCCGGCUUCAUCUUUCUCCGCCUGAUCUGCCCUGCACUAGUAGAGCCCCGUGGCUGGGGCCUGGUGUCUAGCUCCCCGCCGGCGCACGCGCAGCGCUCGCUGCUGAUGGUGGCCAAAUGUCUGCAGAACCUCGCCAACCUUGUGGAGUUUGGGGCCAAGGAGCCAUAUAUGGAAGUAGUCAAUCCAUUUAUUCUCAAGAACAAGGAGCGAAUGGUCGUGUUCUUGGAUCAGUUGAGCAAUGUGCCUGACCCUGGAAACCCACCACCAAAUACCAACAACAAUUUUGAUAUUGCUAAAGAACUAGCAACUCUGCAUCACAUAUGCGUCUCUCACCUGACUGAGUUGCAAGGACUGGCGAAGACUCAGCCGGCUAUAAGGAAACUGGUGACAGUCACUGAGAUGCUCACCAAACACAAGCAUAAGUAUCUCGAGAUGAUCAGAUAGGAUACAACUACUUAUACACAGGGUAACAAGCAGUAAUUGUAUCGGACUAUCGAUAAAGGUAGCGGCAGACGUAAGUCUUCCGAUGUAGGAAUAAGGAAUUUCCCAUAGUCGUUCAUGCAUAGUCAUUGUUAGCUUUAGUCUUAUUACUUUAUACGACAAACUAAGCGUACAUAUUUAGUUUCAAGCUUAUUCGUGCCAAAAGUUUACUUUAUUAAGUGCAUUUUACAUACACUUAUAAAUCCACUGACAUUGAUGCGAUUUUAUUUAAAAAAAAAAUAAUAAAUAAAAAUUCUGCUCUCUAGUAUUACGUAAGACUUAUUUAUUGAUUUUGUUUAAAUCAAACGAUAAAAAUAUGAUCAAACCUUCAUAUACUUAAGUUAAAACGAGCAUUUAUUUUAGUUAUAAGAAUAAUCGAGCACAAUAUGCUCUAUUUAUAUUAUAAUUCAGUAUUUAUUUUUACUGAGAGGUCUUCUUUGAUUGAGGUAGCUGCGUCUUUUGUGCUACAAUAAGAUUAUACGAUUAUAUUCUUAGGCGUCAAAGUUCGCCAGCAAUAAUGAAGUGAGAACAUCGUAAUUAUGAGAAUACCUCUUACUGAAAAUGCUUUAAAUCGUAAAGAAUAGAAUUAAUAUUAAUUAAUCCUUUUAUACUAUUCGAUUAUUUAGAUUUUUUGUAAUUUAUAGUCCGAUUAUUUUCGUAGUGUAUCUAGAUGUAGAUAGCUUUAGGAGUAAAGCUCGACCAUCAUUCUUAAGACACCAAAAAUGUACUAGGUAAAGUGUAUGAAUGUGAUAGACGUGAGUCGUGACUCAUAGACUGGUGUUGUUUGCUAAAUUACAUUUUUGAAUGUUGCACUUACAAUCAUUGCUGUGCACCCAACUAUAUUGAUUCUCUGUGAUAAUGUCUCAAUACUUUUUCAUUAAAUUUUGCAUUUUUUUUAUAUGAAUAAUGAUUUUAUUCAAACUUUGAUUUUAUAACUUAGGAAUUUUAUUACAAUUUUAGGGUGCCUACAGAUUUGUGUAGUUUAUUCAAAUAUUGUAAGUAAAUUAGACAAAUCUGUAAAUGACUUGAACUCGUUCCAUACUUCCUACCCCUCCUCUUGCUCAAUAAAUGUGUUGUUAUUGUAGACAGUUUAUAUUUCUAGUGCCAUAUAUUCUGUACUUAUUAUACUCGCACUCGCUUUCACAUCACAAUUUGAUUAAGCUGCUAUUUUAAAUCUCUGCAGAUUUUAAUAAAAUACAAGUACGAAGGCGACGCGACGCUAGUUUCAAGUAUUUCUAAUAUAAUUUAUUUACUUCAUAAUAGACGUAAAAGACAGAAUCAGAGAGCAUUGUUAAAGUAUAUUGUGAGUAUUAUUAUACUUAAUUUAUUUUUGUAAAAUGAAUUUAUUUAAUUGCAAACGGAUAUUGAUUUUAAUUAAGGAUUUGUUAUGAAACCGCCUUUUUAUUGUUAUUAUGGCUUUUUAAUACUGGAUAGUUGUACAAUCGUGGGUUAUUCUCAAAUGACUGCAAAACGCGCAUCAAUGCAUCGAAGUUGAUUUAUUUAUUUAGUUGUAGCUUGUAGGAGUAGUGGAUGUGUCGUCGCUGUAUUUAAGUGUGUUUAGCUUACGUACGAUAGGACAAUGUCUAGACUGAAUUAAGCCCAAUUAGACAUGAUAGUAUUAUGUAUUAUGCACUAGAUUUUCCACAAAAUUGUAACAAAAAGUGAUAAGAAUUUGCAAUAUUCGGCCGAUUUGAUAAAAAUUUUGUACUGAAAUUCAGAGAUUAUAUCCAUAGCAUAGGCGUUGAUAUUGUUAAUAUUUUGAAACAUUUUACAAUGCUUAUGUUUAUUUUAUUACAUUUUUAGGCAUAUUGACGAAGUUUAUAGGCUUAUUGGAAUUGCCGUUAGCACAGAUCACCAAUUGAAGUUAUUUGAUAAUGUCAUUGGUUCUAUGAUUAUUAUUUGAGACUAAUGAAUAUUUAUACUGAUAUGUUAAUUUAUAAUUCAAUGUAAUAUUUGCAAGCAUGUUUAUUGAAUCACAGUUUUAUUAUCGGCACAGUUUGUAAAGUGAUUGCACUAGUUAAUACCUGCAUAUCACUCGGCUGAUGCUUACACUCGCUGUUUAUAUUAUUGAAAGCAUUUAUUUGUUUCAUUAUGGUUAUUCAGUUAUGAGAAAAUUAUAACAAGGUAUAUUAUAAUGGUUAGUAUUAGAUUUUGUGACUGUUUUGUAAUCUCUUUAUAUUCUAUCCCUUAGCAUUUUCUAUUUUUAGAAACCCAGACACGUAUAAAAUAAAAUUACUAAAAAUU